CAGACAGAAGAGGACGCACUAAGACAAGAGCCGAGUGAUGAUACCGGGAUAAAGAUAAAUCAGCUAGAGCUAAAGAGACAAAAGUUGUUCGCCACGAAUAAACUGACACCGCGGUUUUCUUUUCCACUGAACAUCAUCCUUGUCCACGGCUUCAAGUUUCAAAUGGACAGACACUUGGAGACGCCUGGCUCAACAAGCAUGGGAUUAUUUCUGUAAUGUGGAUUGCUACUCCCUUGCAAGAAAAUAAAGAUCUGCUGCGGAACAAUGUGAGACGUUGUGCAUCUUGGAUUCUCGUGUUUCUGGAUAUCUUGAAAAUAAUUGGCAACAGUUGAGACAAAAAAAAGAAGAAGAAGAAGUUAACACGCGAAGGAUUGUAUCCUUGGGACCAGCAUGGAUUUGCUUUUACAACCUCCUGCCCUUUCAGAGAAGUUUUAGCCGGUCCUCUUGUAUAUUGUCGUACUUGUGAACUUCAUGCUUGAGAACAAAAAGCCACAUUUGGCCUGCUGAUUUUAUUUUUUUCUAAACAAAGAUCGUCUGCCCCCUUGGAUUGGAUUUCAAACACCAUGAACUUUAUUGACAGUUUGACACUAUUAUUUUUGACGCUGUCAGCUGUCAAGAGUGCCCACAUACCGAGGGAAACAGAAAGAGGUCCACAUAACGUGAUCCCUCUGAUGGAGGUGUACAACAAGAGUUUGUGUCAACCUCGGGAGCUUUUGGUGGAAAUUCUACAGGAGUAUCCAGAUGAGGUGGAGCACAUCUUCAUCCCGUCAUGCGUCGUUUUAACACGCUGUGCCGGCUGCUGCAACGACGAGAUGCUGCAGUGCACGCCGACAUCCACUUAUAACGUUACAAUGGAGAUUAAAAGAAUUAAUCCCAGGAGGCAAAAAAAUGAUAUUUUCAUGAGUUUUACAGAACACAGCGCAUGCGAGUGUAGGUUAAAGAAUGAAGUGACAGAAAAGAAAGAAAAGAGUGGACGUCCGAGUCAGCUCAACCCAAGGUCAGACCCUGCAAUGCUCAGAGAAACUACAGACUCUACAGGCCUCAGUUAGCAUGUUAAAUGUAUGGCUUGUUUGGAAGGCUGCCAGGAAAAAGCAUCUUCACUCUAAAAAGACAAUGGCAGCACGGCUAAGGUCUGCAAAGUUGCAUCUGAACAAACCACAAGACUUCUGGAACGAUGUCCUUUGGACAGAUGAGACUAAAGUGGAGACGUUUGGCCAUAAUGCACAGCACCACAUUUGGGGAAAACAAGCACAACAUAUCGGCAAAAACAUCUUAUAUCGACUAGUGGUAGAGGGAUGAUAAUUUGGGUUUGUUUUCUAGCCAAAGGACCUGGGCACCUUGCAGUCAUUGAGUCGGCCAUGAACACCUCUAUAUACCAAAGUAUUCUAGAGACCGUGUGAGGCCAUCUGUCCGACAACCAAAGCUUGGUCCUAACUGGGUCAUACAACAAGGACAAUGAACCCAAGCACGGCAGCAAAUCUCCAACAGAAUGACUUUAAAAGGAAAGGUGCUGCAAUGGCCUAGUCAGACCUCAACCUGAUCGAAAUCCUGUGGAGGGGCAUUGGAGCUGUGCAUAAAUGAAUGCCCGCAAACAUGGAUGAACUGGAGAAUCGCUGUGAAGAAAAGUGGACCAAAAUUUCUCCAGAACGAUGUGAGAGACUAAAAGUCUUACAGAAAAUAACUGCUUUAAGAUAUUGCUGCUAAAAAUUGUUCGACAAGCUCUUGUAUCAUGGGGUGCACUUAGUUUUUACCAGGACUACAUAGAGUCCUGUUAAAACUUUCUUUUUCACAUCACUGUGAGUCUGACACUACAGUUGUAUCACGUCUUCUGUGCAUGAUACAAUUGCAAUGCUUCUAUUUAUUUCUUAUUCCUCCUAAUAUUUAUAAUAUUUUAUAUUUUUUCUUACUUAGAAAGUAGAAUUAAUGUACUGUAUAUAUGCUAGCCAUAAAUAUCAAUAGAUACUUGUAAUCAUGAUUUUUGCUGUUACGUUUAACUAACAAAAGUUUCCAGCAUAGUUAAAUAUACCUUAUGCAGCGGAAUUAUAUCUGACUCGGCUCAUUAUAAAUAAUGCAUAUGAAAUCCAGCCUAUACACCAGGUGCAUGCUUUGUAAGCACACACUGGCCUGUUCUCAUUGUGCUGCAGUUUGUAACAAGUUGAGUCAGUGAUAAAGAGUUGGCCCAGAUAGACUGAAAGAUGCAGUUUUGGUCAGAUCAUCUGGGAAAUUUCCACCCACCGCAACCUUCAAAGUAGAAUACGCUUUCACUCUCUGCAGAGUCAUUGUACUUAUUAUUUAAACAUAUAUACAUAUCUUUUGAGCCCAGUUUUGGGCAAUGAAGGAAUUUAGUCUCGGAAUAUGCGAUAUUAAUCAUAUUCACACAGUGAGCUGCUUUACUCUGGCUGUUUCUUGAGAAAGAGGAUAUAAGUUGUUGUCUUGCUUUCUAAAAGCGUUAUUUGUAGGUCAUUUAACUCAUGAUGGAGUUACUUUCUCACUACGCUCAUUCAUUUCACAUCAUAUCUCAUCGUAUUAAUUGGGUCCAGAGAGCCUUGUGUGAAGUUAGAAUCCCAUAUAAGCCAAUCAGUAACAAAAAUUAAAACUCUUAGCUAAUAAAAUGAUAUACAUAUUUUUUUAAAAACCAAAAACAUUGCGAUCAAUUGAUGUUGGCUUAAGCAAUUAUCAUUCAGAGAUUUAAGCACGUCACUUUCAUCAGUCUCUCAGGCAUCUCUCUGCCUUGUUCUCCUGUCUCUCUUGCAGAAAAUCCCGGACAGGCAGGAAUAAAGGCCAAAAGAGAAAACGAAAGAAAAACCCUGAAAAAACAAUUCACGAUGCGUAUGUCAGCUCUGCCUUCUCCACCUACCUGCACCUGAG